AUGAAUUCCCCUGGCGAUUCAAUUGAUGACAUAAUAAGUCUCUUAAAUAAGCACUAUCAUCCAAACUGUAAUUAAGAAUAAUAAUGUAAAGUUAUAGAAUAAAUAGGAAAUCAGCUUCAUAAUAUUAGAGACAAAAACCAAGUAUUGGAAGCGCCAUGCUUCCUCAAAUAAAAGUAAAGAUUCAAUAAACUAAUUUAAGUAAUAAUUAAAUGUGUUGAGUACCAUCCCGAACUCUUAAUAUAAUAAUUAGGAUAAAUUUAAAAGAAAGGCUACGAGUUUAAAUCGACAGCAACAACAGAAAACGUAAACCAAAGAUACUGGUUCCUUUGCGACUCCUAUGACCAGAUGCUUAACUUUUAAGCCAUAUUCAGGGAGCGUUGAUAUAAUAAUUAAUGUAUGAAUGUUAAUAAAAAGGAUGUUGGUUAUUAUUACAAAUUUGGAAGUAGCCCAAUAAAAUUAGUAAAAGGACUAUUGGAAGAGAAUGGAUUCAAAGAAAGCAAUGAUAAAAACUGGACUUUGUAUUGGUCAUCAUGUGCAAUAAAAUCAGAAGUCUAUACUAAUUUGUUUGCUUAUCAAAAAGUAUGUCACUUUCCAAAAUCAUAUGAAAUGACUCGUAAGGAUUUGAUGCACCGUAACAUUUCGAAAAUGUAAAUAAAUCAUGGAUUUAUCAAUUUUAAUUUUAUCCCAAAAACAUACAUAUUGCCAACAGAGAUGAGCUACUUCUUAGAAGAACAUGAGAAGAUUAAAAAUAAUACUCCUGUCUACAUAUGUAAACCACAUGCGAGUUCUCAAGGGAAAGGCAUAUUCAUUACUGAUAAGAUUCAAGAUGUAAAUACAUAUUAUGAACUAUUUUUAGAUAUUAAAUAAAUAGAAUUCCAAUAAUUCUUACGUUGUUUCGCAUUAUAUUGAUAAACCACUCCUGAUAAAUAAUCUGAAAUUCGAUUUGAGGAUAUAUGUAGCCAUAAGUUGCAUAAAUCCAUUGAGGAUCUAUGUGUAUUAGGAUGGAUUAGCAAGGUUUGCUACUGAGGCCUAUAAUCCUGAUUCCAUAAAGUAGAAUAGAUUUGUGCACUUGACUAACUACUCAGUGAAUAAGGACUCGCCUAAUUUUGUAGCAAAUUAGGACCCGACUUUAGAUUAUGUUGGUAGUAAAUGGAGCUUAUUGGCUUUAAGAGAGUACUUAAAACUAAACAAAAUAAAUGAAGUAUUUGAUAAAAUAAUUUAGUAAUAAAUAUUUGAUAGGAUUGAAGAUUUAAUAAUCAAGACAAUCAUUAGUGUUGAAAGCACCAUAUUUCAGACGUGUGAAAUGAAUGUACCAUUUAGAUCGAAUUGUUUUUCCUUAUUUGGAUUUGAUGUAUUAGUGGAUUAACUCUUGAAACCUUGGUUAUUGGAAGUGAAUUUCUCACCUUCACUUAAUAUUGAUGCUCCAUUGGAUCUCAAAAUAAAAGGAGAAAUGUUGGCUGACCUAUUUACAUUAAUAGGAAUAGUACCAUUAGUAAUCUUCAUUAUGAUUAAAGGACUAAAGAUUUUCAUAAGAUUUAUCCUAUGUCAGAAAUCAAAACAAUAAUGAUUUCAAGAAACAUUAAUAGGAAUUCGAAAAAUACAUAAUCAAAGAGACAGAGGAGGAAUUGAAAAGAAGCAGAGGCUGGAAAAGGCUAUAUCCAUCAGAUCAAAGCUAUCGAUAUACUAAGUAUUUUGAAUCUGAUAGACCUUUGAAUGCGUUACUGAGAAAUUAUUAUAAAUGA